AUGAGCAUCGAGAGCGACAGCGAGCGCGGCGUGCGCGCGACCCCGGCGUCCACCGCUCGCAGCAAGUGCGAGGUGCAGCGCGCGGAGGUUCAGCGGCUGCGGGAACAUUUGGACAAGGUCCGGGCGGGCGAAGACGACGAGGACGCGCUGCUUCUGGCGCUGGCACAGCCCCUGGGCACCACCGACCCGCUCUCGUGUCUGUGCUGCUGCAAGUUCCAGCGGAUCGGACACAGCUACAUCCUGCAUGAGCGCCGCGUGGUGGCUGACGGCGUCAAUGUGGAGACCAAGCGGGUGAUCGUCGGGCCGCACUGGAUCGGCGUGUUGGUGACGCUGGGCAUCAUCUUGGUCUCGACCGGCAUGUUCCUCUCUCAGCACGUGGAGACCAUGCCAUGGUACGACACGUUGAUCACCUUCAUGCUGUGCGGCAUGACGCUCUACUACCUGUUCCAGACCACGUGCACGGACCCGGGCAUUGUGCGU